UUGGCUCUUCAGCUUAUCAUAGAAUAGAGUCUCAGAUCAUGUCUCUUGCACCUGCCACAUCAGUUGAUUCAACCGAACAUGCAAUUCCUGACUUCAAGCGACCAAUUGUAAAUUUUAGUCCUAGCAUUUGGAGGAAUGUUUUCCUUCAGUAUGAUUCUGAAUCAGUGGAAAUCAAUGGCAAUAUGAAGCAACAAGUAGAAAUGGAAAAAGAUGAAGUGAAGAAGAUGUUUCUAUUUUCAAGGAAUGAUAGUGAACAAAACCUUAACUUCAUUGACUCAUUGCAACGUUUGGGAAUAUCUUAUCAUUUUGAACGUGAAAUUGAUGAAGCAUUGGAACAAAUCCACAAUACUUUUACCAACAAUAAGGAAAUAACCACAAAAGAAGGCUCCCUUCACUUCCUUGCAUUAGCAUUUCGUUUGCUUAGGCAAAAUCGACAUCAUCUUUCGGCAGAUAUAUUUGAAAAAUUCAAAAACAACAAAGGAAACUUCAAUGAAAAGCUUUUUCAAGAUGUACAAGAAAUGUGGAGCUUGUAUGAAGCCGCACAAUUAAAGAUAAAUGGUGAAGAUAUACUAAAUGAAGCACUUGAUUUCACAUUCUCUCACCUAAAUUCCUUGAUCACCAAUAAAUUGAGUCCUUUUCUUGAGAAAAAAAUACGCCAUUGCUUAAAGACACCUCUUCACAAGGGGGUCCCUAGGUUGGAGACAAGGUGCUACAUUUCUUCCUAUAGUGAAGAACCUUCACAUAGUAAAAUUCUUCUAAACUUUGCAAAAUUAGAUUUCAACAUGUUGCAGAAAAUGCAUAAAAAAGAACUCGGCAGUAUCACCAAAGUAAACUUUGCGACAGAAGUCCCUUAUGUAAGGGAUAGAGUGGUUGAAGCUUACUUUUGGCCAUUGUGUAUGUCCUAUGAGCCUAAAUACACCACUUCAAGAAAGAUAGUGGGAAAAUUGGUAGCAUGUAUUUCUCUUUUAGAUGAUACUUAUGAUGCCUAUGGCACGGUUGAAGAACUUGAGCUCUUCACUCAAGCAAUCCAGAGAUGGGAUUUUAGUCUUAUUCAAUCCCUUCCAAAGUGCAUGAAAGUUGUAUUCAAUACAAUUGUAGAACUGUGGGAUGAAAUUGUGAUGAUAUUAGUAGAGACUGGAAAAUCAAAUUUGGUGCUGCAAUAUAUUAAAGAGGAAUUUUAUAAACUGGCACAAUCCUACUUGGUUGAAACAAAAUGGUGCAAUGAAGGAUUUAUUCCAACAUAUGAUGAAUACAAGGCUAAUGGAAUUAUAUCUUCUACACUCCCACUUCAAAUAUUAAGUUUUCUAGGGUUUGGAGAAUUUUCAAACAAAGAGUUGUUUGAUUGGAUCUUUAGUGACCCAAAAAUCAUCGAGGCUGUAUCAGCUAUUGGCAGACUAGCAGAUGACAUAUCCUCACAUAAGUUUGAGCAGCAAAGAGUGCAUGUUGCUUCCUCAAGAGAAGAAGCUUAUAAACUUAUUCAAAUUGAGAUUGAAGAUUAUUGGAUAAUUAUGAAUGAAGAGUGCCUCAAGAUAGAAAACAUUCCAAGGUCGGUGCUUGAAAUUAUUCUUAAUGUGGCACGAAUAACAGAGUUCACAUACGAAAACUUUGAGGAUAAAUACACAAAAGCAGAACUGAUGAAAGAUUACAUUGUUGCACUACUUAUAGAUCCUAUAAGAAUCGAGCAAUGCAAGUAGAAGAAGCAAAAUCAAUUAUAAUAAGUGGCUACUUUUACUGUUUUAUGCAUCUCCAAUAUGUUGUUUAAGUGUUUUUCUUAAACUGGGUAUCCCCGUGCGCAACUGCGGAUCCUUGAGCAUUGUGGGACUAAAUGGGCGGAAAACUAUCUCUAAGAGUUUUAACGCUGUUGCAUGUCCAAGACUGAAUUUGAACCAGAACUUUGGUUAAGCUAGAAAAGACAUGUGUCAUCUUAUCUAAGCGCUAUUGUUUAAGUGUGAUUUUUUAUUUUGUAUUGAUAAAGUUCUGAUGUAGAAAAAAACUAUAACGCCACAGUUUGAAAUCUAAAUUACCUUCGCACCAU